AUGGAUCAGGAAGAGACAGAAGUACGAUACACCAUCAAGGCUAAGAAGCUUUCCUACAGACUCUCCCGCACAGUAAAUGGUGGUGGCAGCUGGCUUCAAUGGUGGAAGCAACUGAAGCCAAUUGAUGUUGCUGAUGAGUACAUACUGAGGAAUGUUGAAUUUGAAGCCAGAGCAGGUGAAAUCAUGGCCAUUGCUGGUCCAAGUGGUGCUGGUAAGACCACAUUGCUUCAGAUACUCGGCGGCAGCCUGGUUACAGGUUGUCGCCAGGCUUCUUCACGAGUCUCCGGUGAAGUACUCGUGAACGAGAAGCCGAUGAAUGCAUCUUGGUUCCGCAGAAUAUCUGGAUAUGUGACCCAGGAUGAGGCACUCUUCCCACUUCUCACAGUAGAGGAGAUGGUCUUGUACGCAGCUCGGCUCAGGUUAGGUGGAGGGGUCCAACUGGCUCGAGCCAGAGCGGAGAUUCUAUUGAAGGAGCUAGCUCUUGAACGUGUUGCCAGUGUCAGGAUUGGAGAUGAAGCUAGCAGGGGAAUUUCAGGUGGUGAGAAGCGAAGAGUGUCCAUCGCUGUUGAGCUAGUUCAUAACCCUGCUGUUCUUCUCAUUGACGAACCAACCUCCGGUUUGGAUUCUGGAUCGGCUCUUAAUGUGGUUCAGCUGCUUCAAUCCAUGGCUGCAGACCAUGGUAAGACGAUUGUGCUGACCAUCCAUCAGCCUGGGUUUCGUAUCCUCAAGGUGUUCGAUUGGGUUCUGCUGCUGUCGAAUGGAGCUGCUCUGUAUGAAGGAACGCUUGCAUCGCUCGAGGAGCGACUUAUAUCUGCUGGUUGUUGCAUUCCAAGACAUGUCAAUGUGCUGGAGUUUGCCAUUGAUGUGCUGAAAACCUUGAGAAGAGAUGAUGGUGAAAGAAGUGAAGAUCACAGUAGCGAUGAAGACGAGUUAUGUUAUGACGUGCAUAUGAAGAAAACUAGAGUAUCCUACUCCAACGGUCGAUUCACAGAGGUGUGGAUACUUGGACAGAGAUUCUUCAGCAUAAUCUGCAGAACAAAUCAGCUCUUCACCUCCAGAAUGGUACAAGCGCUAGCUGCUGGACUAGUGCUGGGGACCAUAUUCAUGAAUGGAAGAGAUGAACCAAACAGGUACGUGCUCGAAACUCAAGUUGGAUUCUUCGCCUUCAGCCUCACGUUCUUGCUGUCAUCCACAACAGAAGCUCUGCCGAUAUUCUUACAAGAGAGAAGAAUCCUACUGACAGAGAUCUCAAAGGGAUCAUACAGAGUCUCUUCUUACAUCGUAUCGAAUGCACUCGUGUUCAUUCCUUUCCUGUUCGUCGUGGCUGCGCUGUACAGCCUCCCAACAUACUGGCUAAUCGGACUGAGAAGAGACAUUGAUGGGUUUCUGUACUUCUUACUAGUGGUAUGGCUGGUGGUGAUGAUGUCAAACUCCAUGGUUGCAUGCUUCAGCGCCUUAGUACGAGAUUUCAUCACAGGGACAUCCUUGAUUGCCUGCUUCAUGGGAUCCUUCUUCCUGUUCUCUGGGUACUUCAUAGCCAAAGACGACAUGCCUGAGAUUUGGGUGUUCAUGCACUACCUGAGCUUGUUUAAGUACCCAUUGGAGUGCUUUAUGAUAAAUGAGUAUGGGGGAGAGCAAGGCAAGAGGAGAUGCUUGGAGUUCGUUGAUGGAAUCUGCUCUCUGGAUGGGCAAGGAUUCUUGAAGCUGCAAGGUCUUAAGGAGUCUCAGAAGUGGAGUAAUAUCGCAGUAAUGUUGUCUUUCAUUUUUGCAUACCGAUUCCUCUGCUUUCUGAUUCUCUUGUAUAGAUCACAGAGAAUGAGGAAUUGA